AUGGCACGCCCUAAAGACAGUGGCGCGGUUGCAUAUACUCCUCUGGCCGCGCCUGAAAACGCUCACAACCAGUCUCUAGGGGAAUCCGCCGUUGCCAAAAAGCAAAGCUCCCUGUGGGCCCGGUUGGGGACGGUUAGCAUCCUCAUUUUGGGUCUUGGCUCCUUUAUGCUUGUCUUGUUCGUCCUACCUUUGGCCUGGCUUUGGGCCGAAUCCAUGGCAGCAGCCGCUGGGCGAGAGCCAAGCAGCACUUGGAUCGCGGUCGUCAAAGCGGGCUGGACCACGCGGGCCGUCACCAUCUGCACGGCAAUUCUACGAACGGUGGUCACGACACAGGCCAGCGUGACGACCGCAAUGUUUGCAGGAAUUAUUCUGGAGCGGGUCGGCGCUCCCCUAGUGGACGGGCCAUUCUAUUCCAUGACGCGAGCUCUCAAUGGGAGUCCGACUAACCUGUUGUGGACCCCAAGUCUACCGUUUCGCGGAACAGGGCUCUCAUCCGUGAUCGUUGGCCUCAUUUUCAUUGAAGUCUCGGUCACUAUGGCUGUGCAGUUCCUCUCCACCCUUCUCGUGGCCGACUUCGGAAAUGGCGCAUUUACCGAAACCAGCAACGCGACGAAUAUCCGAAUCCUGAAUGAUACCCAAAUGGCACCCAUUAACGCGUGGUGGUUAAUGCCUCCGGCGGCCGAUUGGACGUUUGCUGAGCAAUCGGACCCAUUUGUACCUGGGCCCAAGUACCACGAUACGGGCCACACCUACCGCGCCUUUUUGCCCUAUAAAGAAGCGGCGCAGAGAACAUCACUGCGCCAUUUCCACGGCCCAGUCCCAAUCGUCGAUCAACGGGUCGUGUGUGUGCAGCCUGCACUGCGUGACCUUCGCCUCAACGCGCUCUACACAACCUACGCGCUUCUCUCCGGACAAAUCGCCAUCGCGAACGGCACGUAUCCGAUGCUGCAGGGGACGGAGAGUCAAUCUUACGUCCCGUUUACGUGUGCGUUACCCGCCCUGGUGAAGUUUUCUACCCGGGAGCAAGGACAGACGAGCUUGUGUUGGCCGAAUUUCGGGGUAGACUGGGUGGUCUUGGUGGAGGAGCCUCUGGUGCCACCUGAGCCCAUGACCAUGAAAGGGACCCCAGUCGUCGGCUAUCCGGAAGCAUCCACGAUGUUCAUGCUUCUAGACCUCGUCUCCUUGGCUGCCUUCGGCACCGGCGUGGAGCAGGACGUCCGCAGCGUCGGGAACAACGACACCACUAGUAGUCCGUGGGUGAUGGUCGUAAACGGGACCGAUUCCCCUGCGGUACGGGUGACGGCCUGCAUGGCCAAUCUCGGAGUGGACACUUUCAUCGCGGACCUGCACAGCGACUGGGAGGGGUCGGAACCCGCCAUGUCCUGGAACCAGCCGGCGCAGCGCUACAGCACCGCAACUACGCGCACCCAGCUAGGUGCGGUUCUCCCCCGACAGCCACUAAACGACCGGGGCGUGCUCGCUCUCACCCCCCGCUCGGACUGGCAGUUCUUCUUCGAUGCAAAGACAUCCUCCUCCGCUAAGCUUCACGCGUACAACGCUUGGACCUUCACGCUGGCCCUCGCCGGCAGCCUGCGAAACCCGCUGGACACCGGCGGGACCCCGGUACAUCGCAACCAGACCGUCGACAUGGGCGUCAUGCUCUCGCAGUACCCGACCACCAUUCAUUUCAACGCGCACGCGAAGCAGGUCAGUUUAUUCCAGGACACGCUGAACCAGACGCAGAGCCCCGCAGUGGCCCUGCAGGCGCUCCUCACGCGCAUCUGUCAGAUGGUUUAUUACGAGACGCUGUUGCGACUCGAGCAGAGUGGGAGCGCCAAGACCGCCUUCAGGCGUGCGGCGCUGCUUCCGACUCAUUGGACGGGAUUUGGGGUCGGGAUGGGGUUGUUGCUGAGCCACUGGGUGGUGGUGGUCAUCGUUGCGGGGCUGUUUGCGCGAUACACGCGCCAUUCCUCGUUAGGGAACCACUGGCAGGCGGUUUCACAGGUGUACUCGAAGGAGACAGUGGCGGUUCUGGAGGAGGCGGAUCGAAUGGAUGAUCGAGAGGUGAAGCAUUGGGUCAAGGGCAAGGGGCGCGGGAAGGAGUUUUAUAGUGUUGUGCGUGAUAAAAGGAAGGGGCGUGUGGCGCUGACGGUUGAAAAUCCGGAUUAA